AUGAAGCAACAACAUCUUACAGGUAGAGAAGAAAUUGGUGAAUUUUGUGAACAAUUUGCUUAUGGAGAUGGUUUACAUUAUCCCAAAUCACGAAAACAGAAAAAGAUGUCAAAAUCCAAAUCAUACCACAAAAAAUCCAGAAAAUAUAAAUAUGCUGCUAAGCCUCAACCUCAGCAGGCAACUUCCUCUAAAGGGAAAUCCAAAUAUUCUAGAAAGAAAUCAUCUAAAGCCACAGUUAAAUGUUAUAAGUGUGGACAAACAGGACACUAUGCUAAUCGUUGUAAAUCAAAAAUACAGCAUAAGCUUAAUGAACUGUCAUUAGAUGAUAAUUUGAAGCAUCAAAUCCUUCAAAUGCUUUCAGACUCAGAUACUUCUUCUGACAAUGAAGAUGAGCUUAAUGUCCUUUAUUCUGUCACUUCAGAUGCUUCAGAAGAUAAUCCAGAAAUCUGUGAUUGUAAAACCAAUAUCAAUCAAAUUUCUGAUGAAGUCAACUAUUGGAAAGCAAUAGUUGAAAUGAAUGGUCUUGAUAUUGAAGGACCCAGUAUCAAUGUCCUUACUGAAGACGAACAUAAGAUUAUUAAUUUUGCUGACCAGAUUUCCAAUCCAGAAAUGAACUUAAAAUUUUUGGAGUUAUGCUUACAACAGUAG